AUUUGCCAUUAAAAUUGAUCUCAAAAUGUUCACUGUUGGUUUCUGAAUAUUAUCGUUAAGUUUGGAUGGCCUAGUUUUGAACUGACGAUGUUUAACUAAGAACUGCCAUUUCCAUGAUUUCAAAUUUUGCUUUACACACGCUCAACUUUAAGCCAACAUGUGCUUGUGAUUGUUCUUGAUCAUAUCCUGCACAUUGAUUAGAUAACAUAUCGGCUGAUGCGCUAAUUAGUUAUUAAUGAGCGACACAAUAUGGCAAGUAAUUAUUAGAGCUACUGACUUGUUGAUAAACACUGUGCCAAUUCUCUGGACUAGUCUACAACUUCUGCUAAAAGUUGGACCAUUAGGAUUUUAUCUAUAGAAGAACUACAGAUUGAUGUCUCGCAGAGCAACUCGUGAGCAUCAUUGGAUCAAGUCAAGUUAAACUACCACUUACUCCCAACUGAGAUCCUGGGGGUGACCAUAUUUAUAGUGCUGCAGCAACUAUGUGACAUACAGCUGUGAAUUAACUGUUCCAUUAAAGAGAGUCAAAAUACAUCAUACUAAUAAGUAUCUCUGGAGACGUUACUGAAGGCGCAGUUCAUGACAAAGUAUCACAAAAGAAUGAAAAAUAGGCAGUUCAUGAAUAGGAGACCCAGGGGAUAAGAGCAUCAGAAGCAAUAUGAGAAAAAGUACUGAGAGAAUGAAAACAACCAUAACAACCAUAGAGAACCAAGUUAAAGUAUUACAGAUCUGAAUAAUAAACAUCUUGAGUACAAUUUAAGCCCAAUAGACUGACACUUGUAGGAAUGAUGAAAGCAUCAAUAAACCAUUUUGAAGCAUAAGAGACUGUGAACAGCAAUACUGACCUAUACUGGCACAACUAUCACAAUGGAGUACAACUUAACAGGAUACAAUAGCUCAGAAUUUCUGAACCUACCAGCAGAACUUGAAUCCUAUGACUAUUACGAAAACUAUGACAAUUACUAUAAUCAUUCAGUUUUACCAGUAUCUGAAGGUUCAAAUUUAGAUGAAACCCAUUCAAAAGUUCAGUCGAUUAUUGAAGACCACAUUCUGCCUGUAAUUGUGGUCUUUGGUAUAUGUGGUAUUAUUCUCACCCUCAUUGUGCUCAGUAGAAAGUCAAUGGUCACUUCCACAAAUACAUAUCUAACUGCAUUAGCAGUUGCAGACCUUUUAUUCUUAGUGAUUCUUUCAACUAUACUUAUUGGCCAUAAAGCAUUCAUAAACAAUUCAAGUAGCUAUAUCAGAGCUUAUUUACAUAUUGCUUCCAUUGUGAUGAACAUGUUCCUUUUUUCAUCAGUUUGGGUGACAGUAAUGCUGGCAGUUGAACGUUACAUUGCGAUAUGUAAACCUUUUUUUGCAAGGUUGAUGUGUACAGUAAAGAGGGCUAUCCUCUUCAUUUGCCUCAUUUUUGCUAUUUCAAUCAUCAUCAAAAUUCCAAGUUUCUUUGAAUUCCAGAUUAUGACUGAAGUUGAUCCAUUAACCAACAUAACAUUUGUACAUGUUAAGAAUACUGAACUGUUUGACAAUGCUACUUAUAUGGUCAUCUAUACGAGUAUCAUAGAUGGCCUUCUCUUCACUGUCCUCCCUUUCAUUCUUCUGGUUGUGCUCAAUGUCUAUCUCAUUUGUGAAGUGAGGAGGUCAAGCAGUUUCCUGCGCCGUAAUACUCUUAAUGACAGUGACAACAGCAUCCAGAAAGAAGAGUUUCAGAUCACACUGAUGUUGAUAAGUGUUAUUGUUGUCUUUUUCAUUUGUCAAGCUCCUAUGGUCAUCUUCACUAGUCUAUUUAACCUCAACAAAACAAGGAUUAUCAACACCAUUACACCUACCUUGUUCACUUUCAUGUCGGUUUCCAAACUCCUUAUCACUAUUAAAUCUGCGGUUAACUUUGUUUUGUACUGUUGGUUCAGUGAGAAAUUCUGGCAAACAUUUAAAAAGAUCGUUUGUGUUCAGAAAUGCUCCAAUCACUACCACAGCAUCUUUAGUAGUGAGCAUAAUACAGUAAGAAGCUCCAACAGAAAUUUUUCCUAUGUGUAUACAAGUACAAGGGACACCUCAGUGUGAGUGUGUUCAAUCAAAGACGGAUGAUUUGUUAAACAUAUCAGUCUGUUUAUGUUGGAUUUCAAAUGACAGACUUCUGAUGUUUUCAUGCCAUAACAGGUUGAAAUGCCUUCAAAAUCAUAAUAUUUUGUAAUUGGCAGUCACAGGUUCUGGAUUAAUGACUUGUUUGUUUUUGGAUAGUUAAAAGGUAUAAUGAUACUCGUUCGAUUGAAAAUCAAUCUGGUAACUGAGAAUGCAAUGUGCGAGGCUUCAUGUUAAAGGAUCAAGGCAAUUUGCUAUGAUUUGACAGGCACAGGACUAUACAAGGUAAAAAAACAGAGGGCCAAAUAUGUAUGACCAUUUAACAUGUGAGGUACAUGUACAUACAAUGGGAUGAAGGGGAUUGUAUUAUAUUAAAUAAGACACUUUAGUUUCAACACAUUUAAAUAAUGUGCUGCUUAUUGAUGUUAGUAUUCAUAAUUCAUUCCCUACACUCCAAAGAUUCACCUUGGACUGCAGUUUUCCUGCAUUUCUCUUAUUGUGGCAAAUAUGAUUGCUUAAGUCACAUUCU